UGUAUUUAUAUUAUUCACAUGAGAAUAAUGCUGCAUAAUAGACUGUAUUUAUAUUAUUCAUAUGAGAAUAAUGCUGUAUAAUAGACUGUAUUUAUAUUAUUCACAUACAUACACACCUGAAACUCGGAUCUUCUUUGGACCGAACCUGGAGAACUUUUGCCAGUGUUUCUCUCUCAUUCAUUGGCUGAAUGUGGCGUGGACCCGGGGACUGUGAUGUUCCCAGAAUAAGUCCAGUAAGUCUGUAGGCUAAACCCAUUAGCUCGGAUAGAACUGUAGCCUCCGACCCGAGCCAGGAGUUCAAACGAGGAGCCGAGAGUCACUGCCGAUCCGAGGUUCCGUGACAUUAAUGAUAUAUAAUAUUAUUCAUGUGUUCAUUGUGAGCAAGGAUGUUUACCAUGGACUCCCAGGAACUGUUGGUGUGCUCCAGUUGCUGAGUGACACCUGCUGGACAAGGAGGAGGCAUCAAGGUGUGAAGAAGGACCUACGCCAUCCAAACAUUACCACGCUGGUCGUGGUGAUGGUGAGGGUCUUCCCCUGUUUCUAGGUGUCCUCCUUCCCAACCCGUGUCUUCAUGUUUUGGGGGUCCCUCGGUGGCCCCGCCCUCUGCCGACCCCCCUGCUCCCGCUGCAGCCGCCGCCACCACGGCCGGCCACCCCAGCCACUACAUUGCCAUGCCAACGGAGACCCUCGCUGCGGCUCUGGCAGAUAGCAAGGCCGCUGGCGGCGCCGCGCCCUUCAGUUCCGCCGUGCCCCUUCGGAUCCUGAACAAGGGCCCGGACUACUUCAGGAGACAGGUGGAACCCAACCCCAAACGCCUCAGUGCUGUGGAAAGACUGGAAGCCGACAAGGCCAAGUAUGUCAAGAGCCAGGAAGUCAUCAACGCCAAACAGGAACCGAUCAAACCCCAAAUUCCGGCCAAGCCUCCCCUUGAGCUUACCCUCCUGUCAAAAAGGGGCACCGGAAUGUGCGGCGGAGGACACAAAGGCGAAGUCCCUUUCAAACCCUCGAACAACAACGCCAAGUCGGACACGUGUGCCACGACCAGCAGCGGCAAGCGGGAGAAUUUGAACCUGGAGAUCUUAAAGAAUCUCCUCAAUUCAUCGUCGUCUUCGGUAGCAGGUCCCGAAGGACUCCGUGGUGGAGCUAAGAGUGCCGUGUUGAUGAGGUCGUCUGGGGGAAUGACGAGGAGUUGGACGCCCUCACCGAUGCCCUUAACUUACCGAUCCACCAUGGCUCUCAACGAGCAAGCGCAAGACUCUGCUCCCAGUCCGAGCACCUCGCACUCCCUGCGCUCUUUUUCCCAUUCCUUGAAGGUAGCACCCAUGAACGGCGGCGGGCGGCGCAGUCCGCAGCUGGUGGGGAACCUCAAUCUCAGCAGGAGAGUCCUGGACGAGCGAGGGGGCGAAGGACGGGUGGUUACGGAUCGAUCACAGUCCCCGCUUCCGCCGCUGCUGACCUCCCACUCCUCCUCGGACCUCCUGCGAUUGUGCAAUGGCAAGCCUCUCCGCGCCGCUCGAUCUAGCAGCUCCUCAGCGCCACCGCUGCCUCCGAAACCCAACCCAGCCUCCCUUCCACCUCCGACCCUCUCGCUGUCGCUGCCUCCUCGUCGUGCAAAUGUGUCCCCGCUGCUGUGCGAUAACGAGGCCCCUCAGAAUCCUGAAGACACCUCCAAUCCUUCGACAGAUCCCAAUCUGGAGUUAGAGCUGGGUUCCUCAGUAGCCCGUCGCUCCUCUCUACACAGGUCAAAAUCAGACCUGUCGGACCGCUACGCCCGUGCCGGAGCUGACGUGGAACGUUUUUUUAACUACUGCGGCCUCGAUCCCGAGGAGCUGGAGGCGGUCGGUCCAGAGAACUUUGGUCGGGCCAAUUCGGACAUCGUGACCUUCAACUUGCGGUCGGCGUCCAUGAUCUCCGACUGCGACCAGUCCCGGCAGUCCUCCAACGGCGGCCUGUCGGACGGGGACGAGGCUGAAGACGAGGACGAGGAGGCCGGGGAGCGAGUCCCUUACGGCAUCUCUGCCGUGGAGCGGAACGCCAGAGUCAUUAAGUGGCUGUACAGCAUCAAACAAGCGAGGGAGGCACAAAAGGUUUCACAUGUUUAG